ACUCCGUGCGCCUGGGCACGGCAACAGGAAGUUUAAGAAACCACAGCCUCUGCCCUGAGAAGCUUGUGGUCUAGAGAAGCCAGUUUACCUGCAGCAUAAUAAAACUGCUGGCUCCAGCCUGCUCCUGGGAAGAAGCACAUCAAGAGGGUCCAGCAAGCCAGGCUUUGAGGAACAGCCAUGCAAGAGAAGGAAGAUCUGAGUUUGGGCAGGAGUGUCUCUGUAGAGCUGGAACAGAGCUGCAGGUAACUCUGUGUAGUGGGAUGUGCGUGGCUAACAACCUGAGCACUGAGAGUCACUGGAACCGCACACUGCUUCCUCGACACGCCCGCUGGCAGGUAAGCAGGCAGGGCUCUCACAAAGGGCUUGACCUGCCCUGUGCCCUCAGCCACCUGCCUUCCCCACCUCCUAGCCCCGAGCAUCUUUCUGGGCUGUGUGCAGGGCGUCUGGCCCCAGGGAGAGGUGGGGUGAGCUGCAGUCCACACCUACGCAACUAUAAAGAGGGAGCCUCCAGCUGCUGCUGCCUCAGCCUCCCUGUCUCAGCCACUCACACACCUGGACCAUGGACCCUGGGGAAUGCACAUGUAUGUCUGGAGGGAUCUGCAUCUGCGGGGACAAUUGCAAAUGCACAACCUGCAAGUGUAAAACCUGCCACAAAAGCUGCUGUCCUUGCUGCCCUCCAGGCUGUGCCAAGUGUGCCCGGGGCUGUAUCUGCAAAGGGGGCUCAGACAAGUGCAGCUGCUGCCCCUGAAAUUCACCCACGGCGCUGGGAGAGAUCCUGGGAAGUGGCUGCACAGUGCCUGCGUCAAAGGAUUGAAUUUGUAUAAUAAGUUGUGCCUUUUAUAUAUGUGCCUAAGUGCGGUGCCAGUGACGUUCAUGUAAAGGUCUUGAAGCAAUAAAGUUUUCAUGGC